UGUCAAUCUGGCAUCCAUCAUCCAUGUGUCCAGAAUUAUGUCUUCUCCAAUAUUUUAUACGAUUAAGAUUUUUCUGUAUAUUUUCCCCUGUCGUGGGAUGUGAAUGACAAUUUCGUCCAUUACACAAAUUUUCUGAUAUCUCCAUAAAAUCUGUUUGUUUUUGUUUGAAAACAGCUAGAAAUCUUGUCCAAUACCAAUAUAUAAUUAUAACACCACUCGAGAAUAGUCUCAAUUAAGCUUCAGCUUCUUUGAAAAAAUGGCGGAUUCCAGAGCUCAGAAAAGAGUCCUAAUAAUAUGCGGCGAUUACAUGGAAGAUUACGAGGUGAUGGUACCAUUUCAGGCACUAUUGGCUUACGGUGUGGCAGUUGAUGCCGUUUGUCCUGAUAAAAAAGCUGGGGAUGUUUGUCGCACUGCUAUCCACCAACUUGCUACUCAUCAGACUUACUCUGAAACAAGAGGACACAACUUCACCCUGAAUGCAACUUUUGACGAGAUAGAUGCAAGCGUAUAUGAUGGGUUGGUACUUCCAGGGGGGAGGGCCCCUGAAUAUCUUGCAAUGAAUGAAUCUGUUCUGGAUGUUGUACGUAAAUUUUCUGCAUCCAGGAAGCCAAUCGCUUCUAUAUGCCAUGGGCAGUUGAUCUUGGCUGCUGCAGAUUGUGUUAAAGGUCGUAAGUGUACAGCAUUUCCGUCUGUGAAGCCUGUACUUAUUGCAGCUGGGGCUCAUUGGAUAGAAAAUGCAGACAUGGGAGCUUGUGUAGUUGAUGAAAAUCUAGUAACAGCUGCUACCUAUGUUGGACAUCCUGAGUUCAUUCAACUGUUUGUAAAAGCACUAGGAGGCAUCAUAAGUGGGUCAGAUAAAAGAAUCCUGUUCCUUUGCGGGGAUUUCAUGGAAGAUUAUGAGGUUAUGGUCCCUUUCCAGUCCCUACAAGCUCUAGGGUGUCAUGUUGAUGCCGUAUGUCCUAAGAAGCAGAAAGGGGAUACUUGCCCAACUGCUGUGCAUGAUUUUGAAGGUGAUCAAACAUACAGUGAAAAGCCUGGUCAUGAUUUUACAUUGAAUGCCACCUUUGAAGGUAUAGAUGCCUCAAGUUAUGAUGGUCUUGUGAUUCCUGGAGGCCGAGCACCAGAGUACCUUGCGUUAGAUGAGAAUGUUAUUGCCAUUGUGAAGAGUUUCAUGAAAGCUGAAAAACCAGUUGCAUCUAUUUGCCACGGCCAACAGAUUUUAUCUGCAGCUGGUGUGCUCAAGGGGAUGAAAUGUACUGCAUACCCUGCUGUGAAGCUGAAUGUGGUACUAGGAGGGGCAACUUGGUUGGAGCCUGACCCAAUAAAUCGUUGCUUCACGGAUGGGAAUUUGGUUACAGGAGCUGCUUGGCCAGGGCACCCUGAGUUCGUUUCACAGUUCAUGUCACUACUUGAUGUUCGUGUAUCAUUUUGAACAAUUUUAUGAUCUAACUGGAUCCUAGUAAUGUUUGUGGUGAAUAAUGUGUCUCAAGUGUUUCAGCUUUCCUGGACGUUGUUUUACAUUUUAUGGGAUAUGGGUGGAUCGCUGGUUGACCUAUUUUACAAAUCAUGAUAAAUAAAUACAUCAAAAUGUAUUGGUAAUUCCA